UCACAGGCCAGCAGGAAAACGAAGAAGAAGGAGGGUGGAGCGAAACGUGCUCAGAGGGCUUCCUCCAACGUCUUCUCUAUGUUUGAGCAGACACAGAUUCAAGAAUUCAAAGAGGCAUUUACUCUCAUUGAUCAAAACAGAGAUGGCUUUAUUGACAAAGAGGACCUAAAGGACACAUACGCUUCUCUUGGUAAGCUUAAUGUUCAAGACAAAGAGCUGGAGGACAUGCUAAAGGAGGCAAGUGGUCCAAUCAAUUUCACCAUGUUCCUCAACCUGUUUGGAGAGAAACUUCAUGGCACAGAUCCAGAAGAUACCAUCCUAAAUGCCUUUAAGUUGUUUGAUCCUGAGGCCAAAGGCCAUAUACAUAAAGAUGAACUAAAACACCUGCUAAUGACACAGGCAGACAAGUUUACAGCAGAAGAGGUACAGCAGAUGUUCCAGUCCUCCAACAUUGAUGCAGCAGGAAACCUGGAUUACAAAUCCCUCUGCUACAUCAUCACACAUGGAGAAGAACAAGAAGAGUGA